AUGGGAUUAGAUAGCGUUGCUGAUUUGGCUCAAAUCCCACCCGAAUACACCUGGUCACAUUCCACUGGUAUUCAUUGCAAGGUAGCACAUAAUCUGUGGGCCACUUGCACUGCUGUUCAAGUUGAGGCUUAUGAGAGCUGCAGUGCUAUCGAGAAAGAAGACCAACACGGCUUUCAGAAAGGGAAAUUAACUGUGACGGGCAUGCUGCCGGCUCUUGAUGACUGGGCAAGGUACCUUGAUAAUGGCUCCGGAGCGGACGUGAUUUAUUUGGGAUUUGACAGAGUGUCUCACUCUGAGUUCAUAACUAAACUCAAAAUAGUUGGUGUUCAUGCCGGAACUCUUGAAUGUAUAGAAUCAUUUCUAAGCGAUAGA